GGGGAAGAUUGAUUUAUCUGGAAAACUACAGAAAAGUUCAAAUAUUUCACCUUCUUGCACUUUCCCUGAGAACAACUCACUAGGGAAUCAAGAAAGUUGCGUUUGUGGGAUUUCUCAGAUAUGGGUAGCUCUCAGGAGGACGACCGGAGAAUAGAAGGAUGGCUACAUCUCAUUCGUUCCAAUAGGUUUGGAUUGCACUACUCGCGGAAGCGGUAUUUCAUUCUCCAGGAUCAAUGUCUUAUGAGCUUGAAAUCUAUGCCAAUAUCAAAGAAUGAGGAUCCUGUGAAAAGGGCAACGAUAGAUUCCUGCAUCCGCAUUAUGGACAACGGGAGAGAGAGGAUUAAUAGGAAGGUGUUUUUCGCUUUUAGCCUUUAUAAUACUUCCAAUCACAAUGAUCGGCUUAAGCUAGGAGCAACUAGCCCUGAGGAAGCAGCGAGAUGGAUUCGGUCACUCCAGGAAGCUGCACUGCAGGAACGUACAAAUGCAGGAGAGAAUGCUCUAGCUUGUAUUAAGAGAAAGUGCAAGACCCCUAGAUCAAAUGGUUCCAAAAGAACAGAUUGUAGAAAUUCCAUAGAUUGGACUCUUCGUUCGUCCCUGUAUUCAGAAUCAAUGAUGCAUGAUGUUAUAGCACCCUCUCCAUGGACAAUAUUUUGCUGUCAAAAUGGAUUACGGUUGUUUAAGGAGGCAAAAGAUAAGGAUUUUCAUCGGCCGUCUUGGGAUGAUCAUCCAGCAACAAUGGCAGUGGGCGUGAUUGACGGAACUUCAGAGGCUAUUUUCCGGACAGUUUUGUCUCUUGGGCCGUCCAGAUCAGAAUGGGACUUUUGCAUUUACCGAGGUAGUGUGAUAGAACAUCUUGAUGGCCAUUCAGAUAUUGUCCACAUGCUGUUGAAGAGUGACUGGAUGCCUUGGGGGAUGAAAAGGAGAGAUUUACUGCUGCAGCGGUAUUGGAGAAGGGAAGAUGAUGGAACAUAUAUUAUUCUUUACCAUUCAGUGUAUCAUAAAAGGUGUCUACCCCAGAAAGGAUAUGUCAGGGCCUGCCUUAAAAGCGGAGGAUAUGUAAUAUCUCCAGUUAACCAUGGAAAACAAUCAGUUGUAAAGCACAUGCUUGCUAUCGACUGGAAGUUCUGGAAGUCCUAUGUAUGUGCGUCAUCUGCGAGAUCUAUAACUAUCCGGAUGCUUGGGAGACUGGCUGCACUUAGAGAGUUCUUUGGAGCCAAAAUAGGAAAUUACCCAUCCUUUGAUUUAUCAUCAGGGGAUAUCACAAUAGAUAUUGGGUUGCCUCAAAAUGAAAGAGAGGAUAUUGAGGUUCCGUUUCAAAACCCAGCAGAAAAUAGAAUCAGUAAUGAAGCUGAUGCAAUGGAAGAAGAGUUGGAGAAUCCAGUCAAACCACCUUCCAAAUCUGCAAGCCUCAUGGAAUUGAAUGAGACAUCCGAUGAGUUCUUUGAUGUUCCUGAGCCAUCAGAUAAUGAUGAAUCAGAGAGUUUGUGGCCUUCUGACUCAAGCCCAGAAAUGAAUCAUCAGGAAUCAUCCCAUCCAAAGCCAUCGACAGCUACUGGUUUUGUGAGAAAAUUGCAGGAUCUAGCAAUUCAGAAGAGAGGUUAUGUAGACUUACAAGACUCAGUAAGGGGAGAAGGUACACGACGCUCCUAUGGAGCAACUCUCCCAAAAGACCCAAGUUGUACCAUGCCUUGCAGUUGGACAACAACUGAUCCUUCUUAUUUUCUAAUCCGUGGAAAAAGUUAUCUACAAGACCGCCAAAAGAUCAAGGCAAAAGGCACCUUGAUGCAAAUGGUUGCAGCAGAUUGGCUUAGAUCUGAAAAGCGAGAAGAUGAUCUUGGUGGCCGUCCUGGAGGCAUUGUUCAGAAAUAUGCCAUGAAGGGUGGACCAGAAUUCUUCUUCAUCGUAAACAUACAGGUACCUGGUUCAACUACAUAUAGCCUUGCAUUGUAUUACAUGAUGUGCACUCCUAUAGAAGAAAGUCCCUUGCUCGAGAGCUUUAUCAAAGGAGACGAUUCAUAUAGGAACUCAAGGUUUAAGCUCAUACCAUACAUUUCCAAGGGCUCCUGGAUAGUAAAGCAAAGUGUUGGAAAGAAAGCCAUCCUGGUGGGUCAAGCUCUUGAAAUAAACUAUUCUCAGGGGAAGAACUAUUUGGAGCUUGGGAUCGACAUUGGCUCAUCCACAGUUGCAAGAGGUGUGGUUAGUCUUGUUCUUGGAUACCUAAACAAUCUGGUAAUAGAAAUGGCAUUUCUGAUACAGGCUAAUACAGAAGAUGAGUUACCAGAAUUUCUACUUGGAGUGUGUCGUCUAAAUCAUCUAGAUGCAUCUAAAGCAGUUCUUGUGAAACCAUGAUCUUUACCCAGACAAUUUCAGAUUACAACCUUUUUAUCUCCACCACUCCUCCCCCUUCCUCCUCCCCAUUGCAGGGACCAAGAAAAAAGGAAAAACGACAAGAAGAACGGAAAAAAAAAAAGAGUGUUGAUUGUGCAGAGCAGUUCUGGAGGAUGCUUUGAAACUAACUCACUUAAGUAAUUCUUUGAUUCAAUUAAAUUUAUAUUGUUAUAAAUGUAUGGUGGUGUUGUGUUCUUGCUGAGGGGGCUGCAAUGUUUUUGUAUAGAUAGCUUGUCCAUAGUUGGUGUUCAUUCCUCAAUUUAUUAGGUGUCCAAUGAAUAUGUAUGCACAUAUUGAAGAUUAUUUUUUUCCCUCCCUGGUGCAAGUGAAGAUCACCAUUAUAAUACCAAGGUGUUAUUGGAAUUUGUUAAA